AUGGCUUUUUUUGAUAAAAAUCGAACAGGUGAAUUGAUUUCUCGUUUAUCUACUGAUACAGCUAUUGUUGGAAAGAGUUUGACGAACAAUGUGAGUGAUGGCUUAAGAGCUCUUGCAACUGCUACAGCUGGAUCUUCCAUGAUGUUGAUUGUAAGCCCCAAAUUAACAGGUAUUAUGAUGCUGAUUGUUCCUCCAGUUGCACUAUUUGCUAUCGUAUAUGGUCGAUAUGUGAAAACACUUUCGAGAAAAACGCAAACAGCAUUGAGUGAGAUUACCAAAGUAGCAGAGGAACGGAUCAGCAGUAUUCGAACAGUACAGGCAUUUGCAAAGGAAGAAGCCGAGCAAGAACGUUACAAACUGCGUGUGCAGGAUGUUUUCAAAUUAGCCAAAAAGGAAGCACUGGCCAGUGGUAUUUUCUUUGGCGGCGCAGGAUUGACCGGCAAUUUAGCAGUAUUGGCUGUUUUAUGGUAUGGCGGAAAAAUGGUGAUGCAAAAUGUAAUCACUAUUGGUGAAUUGACAUCUUUUAUGCUAUAUACGGCGUAUGUCGGUACGGCCCUCGGCGGUAUGACGUCGUUCUACUCUGAGAUUAUGAAAGGUGUGGGUGCUUCUGAACGUGUUUUCCAGUUAUUGGGAAGAAAGAGCCCUAUUCCUUUAGAUAGUGGUGCUAUCUUACCGGACAUCAAAGGAAAGAUCAAGUUCGAAAAUGUUCAUUUUAGUUACCCUACCCGACCUCAAUCACAAAUCUUUAGAAACCUUUCUUUGACUGUAGAACCUGGCACAGUGAUUGCCGUUGUUGGCUCUUCUGGCUCGGGUAAAUCAACGAUUGGAUCUUUGUUACUCAGAUAUUAUGAUCCACUCGCUGGUAACAUAUAUGUAGAUGAUGCAAAUAUCAAAGACAUCAAUUUACGUUGGUGGCGUGACCAAAUCGGUGUUGUUUCUCAAGAACCCACUCUAUUUGCCGGAACUAUCCGUGAAAAUAUUGCUUAUGGUCGUGAAAAUGCCACGUUUGAGGAAAUUCAAGAUGCUGCUAUCAAAGCAAACUGUGCUUCUUUCAUUAAUUCGUUUGCGGAUAAGUAUGACACUGUGGUCGGUGAACGUGGUGUCAGUUUGAGCGGUGGCCAAAAGCAAAGAAUUGCAAUUGCUCGUGCUCUAUUGAAGAAUCCAAAAAUUUUGAUUCUAGACGAAGCAACUAGCGCACUCGAUUCUGAAUCAGAGGUGCUAGUUCAGGAAGCAUUAAAUCGCUUAAUGCGUGGACGUACAGUAUUCACAAUAGCACAUCGUUUAUCUACUAUCCGUUCAGCUGAUCUGGUUGCUUGUCUAAGUGAUGGAAAUGUUGCUGAAUUGGGUACAUAUUACGAAUUGCUCGGUCGUGAAAAUGGUGUUUUCCGUAAAUUGGUUGAAUUACAGUCGCUGGGAGAUGUCAAUAAUGGAGAACACGUAGAAGACAUCCAACAGUAG